CGCCCUUCGCCGCGCAUGCGCGGGGCCGCCUGAGGCGGGGAGGUGAGCGGCCGGCUGCGGCGGGAAGAGGGGAGCGGCGGCGGUGCCGGGCUCGGAGCAUGCUGUCCCUCCUGACCAGGGUCGCCGGCGGGCCGCUCCGCUCGCUGGGCCGCUCGCCCUUCUCUUCCCUGGCCCCAUGGUGGCGGGCGGCGGUGAGGCGGGCCGCGCCGCUGUGGUGCGGGGCGGCCGCCCCCCGCGCCUCGCUGCUGGCCGCCUCGCCGCCGCCCGGGUUGCUGCUGCCGCCGGUCCUCCUCGCGGGGCUGAAGACGAAAACCUCCUUGAAGAGGCGGUGCAAGGACUGCUUCAUCGUCCGGCGGCGGGGCCGGCUGUACGUCCUCUGCAAGACCAACCCCCGGCACAAGCAGCGAAAGCUGUAGCCCCCGCCGCCGCCGCCGCCGCCGGGAGCCUCUCCCGGCCGGGAGGGCGGCUGCGGGGCCCCGGAGGGGAGGCGUUCGCCCGUCGGGCCUCGGAGCCCUGCCUUCUGCCUCCCCGCCGCUGGGACCGCUGCCCCUUCCCCGGGUGACCCUCGGGAGCUGACCGCUGGGGACGCGAAUCCCAAAAUGGUGUCGGUGAGGGUGUUUCGUCUUAGCGCUGACGUAGAGCGAGUCAAGGUCUUGGCGGCCCUUGCCGUGACUUCGGACCGUGGAUGGGGAGGACUGGAGUGGGAAGCCACAACUUUCAGGACCUCCAGUCGUCUUAGCCGUGAAGCCUUAAAAAUCACCUCGCUGUUCAGUUAGUAAGGGCAAAGUUGACUCACUGGUACGCCGAGAUCCAUUUGUGUUUCAUUAAAGCAAAAUGAAAAUAAA